AUGAAAUUCAACUACCUAUCGCUCCUGAGCCUGUGCCUGGCCGCUCAGACCAUUGCCCUGUCUAUCCCAGCCCGAGCAAACGUUGCUCGCGGCGACGAAAUCGAAGAUGGCACUCAGAUCGCCGAGGGUUGGAAGCGAUCUGAUGACGCAGCAAUCUUUGUUCGCGGUGAUGAGAUCGAGGACGGUACUCAGAUUGCCGAAGGAUGGUAG